CUUCGUAGCUAAUCAUUCGUUCCUUCGCCGUCUGCAGAGACUUUGUUCCCAUCAAAUCGACAUUCUCUCGGAGCUUCUCGGAACCACUCUCCGCCGCGCGUCCGCUGUUGCUUCUGGUUCGAUUCUUUUAAUCGGAAAAGUAGAGGAGGAGGAGGGCGAGGAUGUUCGGGAGAGGGCCGAAGAAGAGCGACAACACGAGGUACUACGAGAUUCUCGGAGUGCCGAAGAACGCUUCGCAGGACGAUCUCAAGAAGGCGUACAAGAAGGCCGCCAUCAAGAACCAUCCCGAUAAGGGAGGCGAUCCUGAGAAGUUCAAAGAGCUUGCUCAAGCUUAUGAGGUCCUGAGCGAUCCCGAGAAGCGGGAGAUUUAUGACCAAUAUGGAGAAGAUGCUCUCAAGGAGGGAAUGGGAGGUGGUGGCGGCGGCCACGACCCAUUCGACAUCUUCCAAUCUUUCUUUGGCGGAAGUCCGUUUGGUGGUAUGGGUGGGAGUAGCAGGGGAAGGAGACAGAGACGGGGCGAAGAUGUGGUUCAUCCAUUAAAGGUGUCGUUGGAGGAUCUGUACCUUGGAACUACAAAGAAACUCUCUCUUUCUCGCAACGUGAUCUGCUCGAGAUGUAAUGGGAAAGGAUCAAAAUCAGGUGCUUCCAUGAAGUGUUCAGGCUGUCAGGGAACUGGUAUGAAAGUGACCAUAAGGCACCUUGGCCCCUCUAUGAUCCAGCAGAUGCAGCAUGCGUGCAAUGAAUGUAAAGGCACUGGUGAGAUGAUCAGUGACAAGGACCGAUGCCCACAAUGCAAGGGUGAGAAGGUUGUCCCAGAGAAAAAGGUUUUGGAGGUAGUCGUCGAAAAGGGUAUGCAAAAUGGGCAGAAGAUCACAUUCCCUGGUGAAGCUGAUGAAGCGCCUGAUACAAUCACAGGAGACAUAGUCUUUGUCCUCCAGCAAAAGGAACAUCCAAGGUUCAAGAGAAAGGGCGAGGACCUCUUUGUGGAGCACACCCUCUCUCUCACUGAGGCCCUGUGUGGAUUCCGGUUCGUGUUGACCCACUUGGAUGGCCGCCAGCUUCUUAUCAAAUCGAACCCUGGAGAAGUUGUGAAGCCAGAUUCCUACAAAGCCAUCAACGACGAGGGAAUGCCAAUGUACCAGAGACCUUUCAUGAAGGGAAAGCUUUACAUCCAUUUCCUAGUAGACUUCCCAGAGUCGCUUAGCCCUGAUCAAGUCUCAGCCUUACAGAAGAUCCUGCCUCCAAAACCAGCCUCUGGGCUUACGGACAUGGAGCUCGAUGAGUGUGAGGAGACAACAAUGCAUGAUGUGAACAUCGAGGAAGAGAUGAGGAGGAAGCAACAGGCAGCUCAGGAAGCAUAUGAAGAAGAUGAGGACAUGCCGAGCGGAGCUCAAAGAGUCCAGUGUGCUCAGCAGUAAAUCAUCUCUGUGAUAGGGCAGCAGCAUCAACUCACUGAUUCGCCUAGCCGACAUUGUGGGAGUCGAUGGGAUUAAUACAAGUUUUAUGGCCGUGGACCAAAAUUUUUGUUAUUGUAAAGGCCAACGGUUUCCAGCAAUCUUGAGUCAGGAGUCCUAAAUGUAGUUCAGUAAUCUCCCCCGGAUGUGACAAUGUAGACUUGUUUUGAUCUGGAAGCAAUGAUAAUUACGAUAGACUCUAAUUGAAUACUUUCUGGUUUUGUUCAA